CGUCCCUUAUUUUCUGUGUAGCGGCAUGUAUAGCGUCGUUGAGUUUGCUGAAGAAUGGCUGACACCCGGGAAGCAGCGAUGUCUGUGGCCGCCCCAAAAAUUGAUGACCAAGUUUGCAGCCAAGUGAAAAAUCAAAUAAACAUACCUACUGUUUAUAGUGAUGAUGAUUAUGAGGCUUAUACUGGUGAAAAAAAUAGGACUUAUCGGAAGCAAGUAACUUCUUCGGUGCAAUCUACACCUGUUAGCUCAAAAUCCCAAAAGCAACACUCUAGGCCGGUAUAUACAGAACUGAACAAAAGUGAUGAUGAUACAGAUCUGAGCAAACGUGAAGAUUUCAAGGAAAGCUCUGCAAAGACUACAGACAGUGAAAUGUCACAGCUUCUGCAAAGUCCAAGUGGCCUGGAUAACCUAGACUUUACAAUAACACCAUUUUUUAUAAAUGAGAAGCCAAAUUCACAAGCCUUAGAUGUCAUAGCUAAGCACUUAGCUCGAAUUGAAGCUGACUUGAAAGAGAUGCAAAUCGCACAGAAUGAAAUAUUAAAUAGGGUGCGAUCAUCUUCUGUCUCGAUGGAACAUUCACUGCCAGGGGAAAGAACAUUGCCAUGUGAGGACAGCAAGGAUUUGAUUGAUACUGAAAAGUGGAUAAAUGCAGCUCCCGAGAACAGAAAACUUUUGACGCAGUGCGGUUGAACCAGGUUGCAACCAACGCUACUGAUGCUGUGAUACAAGAAAUAAUUCAGAUGAAUAUGGCUACAUAGUUCUUCCAAUAUAUACACCUUCUUGUUGACACUUCUCACAAGCGCGCAAGGAAUUGUGGGAUUUGAUACAUUUUAUAAAUGCCCUAGCUGGUGCAUCUGCUAUUAUACAACUUACUUGAAAUUCAAACUUUACUCCAUUAACAUAUAAACCAUUCUGCUCUAACCGUAAACAUUCUUCUACAAAGGGACGCAGAAAUACAGCAGCAUUGUUGGGCUUUGAUUCCCCGUAAUAAAGUGCUACAAUAAAUAGCUGCUUGUCGGGAGAUUGAUCUAAACCACCUCUGUGUUACUGAUAAAAUGAAUAUUCUCUUUGUGUCAUUUUUCGUUGCAUGAACGGUUUUUAGAUGUUGUGCCUUUAGAAGCUCUUUCUACUAGAUAUAUUUCAAGGCCAAAGUAUACAUAUCUAUGAACCACCAGCACAAUCUGUAACGUUUACAUUACGCGGCGUUUCUAAUAACGUUCGUGCAUCCCUCGGUGAAGAAGAAUGACAAGGUUGCAACUUUUUUAGCAAAUCGUUUAGAGCAGAGUGACCUAAAUUAUGUUUCUUAGACCACAAUACAAGAAAAGAAUUAAUAUUAUCAUCUGAAUCAGAUGGAACAUCAAUAU